UCCUCCUCCCAUACCGAUCGCUGCCCUCCCGCACGACGUGGCAGGGCUUACUUCUUCUGGGCUAUAAGAUAGAACCCACCGAACCUUUCAUCCUACCCCCACGUUCGCCCGCCGCCGCUAUAAUGUCCACCACUUUCGACAUCCCCCCUGAGAUCGCGAACCUCGAACCGCUCGCGCGGGAUAGCUUCGUGCUCCCUACGAAUGCUGCAGUCGGCGCCCAUCGCGCUGAGGACCAAGACGCACCUUGCGUCUACUUCUGCGGCAACUCGCUGGGACCGAUGCCCAAGCUCAGCAAGCAGCGCGUCGAGGAGGAGCUCGAUAUCUGGGCGAAGAGCGCCGUGGUCGGCCACUUCAAGCACCCCAAGCAGCGGCCAUGGAAGACAUACACGGAGAGCAUCCACCCGCUGUUUGCGGACAUAGUUGGCGCGAAGGAGGGCGAAGUCGCCUGCAUGGGUACCCUGACGGCGAACUUGCACCUCAUGCUCGACUCGUUCUACGUGCCGACCAAGGAUCGCUUCAAGAUCCUCUGCGAAGCUAAGGCCUUCCCAUCAGACCAGUACGCCUUCGCGUCGAAAGUGCGCACUCAUGGGUUCGACCCGAAGGUCGCUGUGCGGGAGAUUGCGCCGCGAGAGGGCGAGUUCACACUGCGGGAGGAAGAUAUCCUGGACGUUAUCGAGCGCGAGGGGCACGAGAUCGCGGUGGUGCUGUUCAGUGGGGUGCAGUAUUACACCGGACAGUACUUCCCCAUUGAGCGUAUAACAGCGAAGGCGCAUGAAAAGGGCUGCAUCGCCGGCUGGGACCUCGCGCACGCAGCUGGCAACAUCCCCCUCUCCCUCCACGCCUGGGACGUCGACUUCGCCGUUUGGUGCACGUACAAGUACCUCAACGCCGGCCCCGGCUCCACCGCCGGCCUCUUCAUGCACGAGAAGUGGAACGCGGAGAAGCAGCCGCGCGCGGCGGGCUGGUGGGGCCACAACGAGGCGACGCGCUUCCAGAUGCCGCCGACGUUCGACCCGAUCGCGGGCGCGCAGGGGUUCCAGCAGAGCAACGUUGUCGUGCUGGCGUCGGCGGCUGUGCUGGGCGGGCUGGAGACGCUGCAGGCGGCGGGUGGGAUUCGGGCGUUUCGCGAGAGGGCUUUGGUUUUGACGGCUGCGCUCGAGUCGCUGCUCGUCAGGUCGCCGUACUACGUGCCGGUCGAGGAGGCGGGCAAGCACACCAAACCGGGCUUCACGAUCAUCACGCCGAGGGAGGCGGAGCGGCGGGGGGCGCAGUUGAGCCUGCUGUUCUUGCCCGUGGGGACGGGGGUGAUGCGGAAGGUGUUCGAUGCGUUGGAGAGUUUGGGGGUGAUUGGGGAUGAAAGGGAUCCGGAUGUGAUUCGGCUGACGGCGAAUCCGUUGUAUUCAUCGUCGGAGGAUGUGGUGCGGGGGGCGAGGUUGUUGGAUGAGGCGUUUAAGGUGGCGGGGUUGUAAGGUUGUGUUUACAAUUGCAUUGUUGUAUUCUCGAGGGACGCUUUGUGAAAGAGGACAUCUAUAGGUUCAGAGCCAUUUCCCUCCGGGUCUUCCACACUGUAUACAACAUGUCAAGUUUCAGUGAGGACCGAGGCCGGC